UUACCGGUAGCUUACUGUACUUACUGUAGUUGUACAACUUGUGCAAGUUUAGUGAUCAGUAAUAAACAACUUAACGACUUGAAUCAACUUGUUUGCUGCUAUCAUUAAUACCAUUGCGAUUCCUGUCGAUCAACUUUAAUUUUACUCGUAAAUAAUUGACUUUAAAUUGUGAUUAAUUAACCAACCCAUCGACUAUCCCAAUUUAUAGAUUUGGAAUCUAUGUAUACAAUUGAAUAAUAACUGAACAUGGAAAGACAACUGGAACAACAGAUUUUUCCUCACCAUUAUCUUUGUAUCAUCAAAAACAACAACAGCCAGUAAAAAGUAUCUACGGUGAGUAAAUAGAAAACCCAGUGUCUGGAUUACACGAGUACACUAGAGUCUCAUUACCAAAUAGUAAGUUAAACUAUUCAAUUACAACUUACCAUGAAAACAUGGUUUCAACGCAUGUUAAAACCGAAACUGAUAGUCAUGAUUCUGAUAAUCUAAUAUCACUACACGUAAAUGGAUUAUCCAUUUACGAACCAACCAGGGGUCAAAUUAUAAAAACCUGGAAAGUUCCAUCAUCAAAUGGUUACUAUUUUCACCGGGUUGAAUUUGUUAGUCAUUCUCAUCAUGUUGAAUUUGUCCCAAGAGACAAACAACCAAUCGAUCAAGUGAAAGAAAAUCCAACAUUGCACUCUUUAUUAAUUGAUCAUACACUAGUCACAAAGCCACCUCCUGAAGAUGAUUUUCCAGACACGAAAACUCAACCUACAGCUAAUUUUACCAGCGUGAUAAAGCGAACACAAUCUUGUUUUGGUGGUUCAUCGAAAAGUGCUGCUCCUGUUUCAUCAACUUCUGUUAUUACUAACGUCAACAGUAACAGGAUUUCAAUAGAUGACAAUAACGAUAAAAACAACAAUUUAAUUGACAUUGCUGAAAGUAGCAAUAGUAGCAACAGUAUCGCUGGUGGUGUCAGUAACAAUACUGAGAAAGCCAACUUUAAUAACCACAGUUCAACUAGUGCAAACACCAAUAACAUCGAUCACACCAAAAAUGUUCCAGUUGUUCCCGAAAACAAUGUCGACAAUUUGGAUCCCAAUACCGUUAAUAGUAUCAGUAGUGUUAACGAUUUUACUAACGUUAUAGAGCCCAAUAAGCGUUCUAUAACUAGUGAAGAAAGUGAGGGUCCUCGUGGCAUUGAAAGCGAUUUUCGUUUACAAAGGAUUUAUGGUGUAGUUGAUAAAAAAAUAGUUCGUUUUGGAUCAUAUACUGUGAUGGAAAGAAGACGCAAACAUGGUGCCAAAGUUUCGCCAGAUCCAGAAAUUUUCAACGAUAUUGAAAAUGCUUCUGAUUGGGGUGAAGAAGAAAUUCUACCAAAGGCCAAUGACCUAACCAAGAAACAGAUCUCUAGUAUAAAAAAAGCCAUGGCUAAGGGAAGAUUAUUUAACAUGGGUGCCUCUGUAAUUGUUAAACUUUUUCCAAAAUUUUCUACACAAUCAAUAGUUACUAGUACUGGCAAAGUCAAAGUUAAUGGGUAUAGAUGUCCUCUUUGUUCAGAAUCUGAUGCAAACCGGCGUAAAAUUAUCCGACAUAUCGAAACAGAGCAUACUAUGAAUCAGAUAAUUUGUAUUGACUGUAAAUCUAUUUUCACUACAGAUCAUAGUGCAAGAUUUCAUAUUUGUUCAGACAAGAAAGAAGUAAACAAUCGAUCGAAACCUGGUCCCCAAUCAGAAGCAACUUCAGCAUCUGACACUGCCCGAGAGUCUAAUCAAAGUCCAGCUAUUAAUAAUGAAAUUGAUAAAAAUGAUCAUGAAAUGCUUUCUCAUACUGAUGAUCAUCAUCAGCAGAAUAGUGCUGUCAAACAAAGGACUGGAACUGAAAACGUGUCCGAGGUCUGUGAAUCCAAUUCACACAAUCAAUCUCGUCUGGAAACAUUGCCAUCGGACGAAAAUUCUUUAGAAAAGCAAUCAAGUUCUUUAGAACUCCUUUUGGAGCAUAAUUAUGGCGCUGGAGGUUACGAAGACUCUAAUCUUGAUGGUGCUUCACAAUGCGCUGAAGAUGAUUUUCUUAGCAUCCAAGAUAUUGGAGAUGCAUCAAUCGAGGACGAAGUAGAUUCUAACAAAAAAUCAGAGGAUCGUAAUUAUACUCCUAAUAUUAAAAACACUUUUUUAGAGAGGUAUCAUGGAACGAUUGAUAAAAGAUUGGCUCGAACGGCUUCUAAUGCUGUUAUACAAAGAAGGAAGAACAAUGUAUCUCUUAUUCAGCCUGAUCCAAAUGUUUUUACUGAUUUGGAUGGAGUUGAGGAAUGGGAUGAGAAAGAUAUUAUACCUAAUAGCAGAGAAUUAACAUCUUCUGACAUUAAUCGCAUAAAGAAGGGUAUAAAAAAUGGCAAACUUUACAACAUUGGAGCUUCACUUUUGGUCAAAAUAUUUCCCUCACUAUCAAGCGUUAAUUACACCACUAAAACUGGAUUAAUCAGGAAUGCAGGAUAUAAGUGCCCUCUUUGCCCAAAGGAGAAUAAUAUUAAAAGGAAACUUUUUCGCCACAUUGAAGCUGAUCAUACAAUGUCACUUAUUAUUUGCACCCUCUGCCGAGCUCUCUUUACUUCUGAGCAUAACAGUAAAUCUCAUCAAUGCACUAUUCGACCAUCUACUCGAGCUAGUUCUACCCAAAAUGACCAAGAUCAUGAAUCUGAAGUUUUACAACCAAUCAACUCGUCAGAUGUUAAAGACAACCCAACUACUUUUAUCACUACUAUUAUCAAUAGUAACAAAAGCAACAUUACGGGCAAUGUUUCAAGCAUCAAUAAACACAAUGAUACGCCUUAUCCAUCUGAUGGUUUCUCGGGAAGUGUUAUUCGUACCCCUAGUAAAUCAAACAAUGGUGAAUUCUCAUUUAAUUUCCCAAAAUUGACAGAUACUGUUGCAUACCAGCCUGAUAGAGGAAUAAAGCGUAAAUUGUCUCCCUACGAUUCAAGAUCAUCCACUUAUUAUAAUAAUCAAGGAGUUUCUUCAAAGGGCAAUAACGAUUUUGGGGAAUCGGACAGUGAAGAAGAUUCUUCAUCUUCAUCAAUCAUAGAAGAAGAAGAUAGUGAACAAGAAUCUAAUCUUUCUCUUGUGAAUAAAACAAAUGUGUCAAGUAUGUUACAGAACAUCAACGAUGACUCUUGGAGUUGGACUUAUGACUAUCAAACCUCUAAAACCAAUGCAUUAGCUGAUCUUGAUUCUUCGUUAAAUGACGAUGAAAUGAUCAAUUUAGAAGAGGCUGAUGAAUCUUUGAAACGCAUUUUCGGUCAAAUCGAUUCGACUCAGUUACCCACCAGAACUCGAAAUUGUGUUACUAAACGUCAAGAUUAUGUUAAACAUAUCCAACCUGAACCAUCUAUCUUUUCUGAUUUAGAAGGUGUUGAAGAAUGGAAACCAAACGAAGUUAUUCCAGCUCCAGGGGAACUGACGAAUGAGGAUAUUCGUCGAAUUAAAAAAGGUAUAUCGAACGGUAAAUUAUACAACAUGGGACAAACUAUUAUUUAUAAAAUAUUUCCAGAAUUUACGACAAUCACUGAUCCAACAAGUCAACCUAAUGAUUCUAUUAAACUAAAAUGUCCUGUUUGUCCUGAAUCAUUUAGAGUCCGAAGGAACGUUGCGCGCCAUUUCGAAACUUGUCAUACCAUGAGUUUAAUCACCUGUGCUUUCUGUCAUGAAGUGUUAACCUCAGAACGCAAGGCCAAAUAUCAUCGGUGCUCGGAGCCAACAGAAAAGAAAACUGACCAUCAAUCUUGACCUAUUUUUAACCUUAAUAUUCGAUUUUUUACCGCUUUUGAUUACAUUAUCAUGAACCCUGCUCACUACCAUUUUGAUAUCUUGUCAUCAUCCAUUCAAUCACAAUGUUUAUACUGGUUCAUGGCAAUCUUGUCUGGACACCAUUUUCAUCGUUAUUACAGCCAUUACUUUUCAUAAUUCAGCAUUUUAUUGUUUUAUUUAUGAUAAUGUUUAUCCUUUAUCAUAUCUCUAUACAUGUAUCAAAUUCCUUCUUACCUUUCAUUUUCCUUAUGUUAAUUUGAUUCUAGUUUAUUUAAUUAUGUUUACUUGUAAGCUCACUUGUUCAUUUGCCACUAUUCGUUACAUUAUUUUAUUACACAUUACAAUAAUAUGUAGUUUAAAUUUUUAUCAA